CUUACAUCAUCAUUUGUAUCAGAUUUGACGAAGAAAUAUAUAAAGCAUGCACACAAAAAUCAGUCCUAAAAAAGAAGGCGCGCGAGCAAAUUGAGAAAAAUUACCCAUAGUGCAUUAGGAGCGAAGAGAUUACGUCAUAAUGUUUUAUUGUUGACAUCACAUGCACUGUGAUGGACGAAUAAAUUUUUCGUGAAAUUUACAUUGAAAAGCCGCUAUAGGAGUUUUCAAAAUAGAAUUGUAUAUGGAGUCUUUAGAAUCGAAAUGACUCUGCAAUCUUAAAACCUUACGCAAGAAAAUGAGGAUCGUAUAAAAAAAAGGCAUGAAAGUGGAUUUCUUUUGGUCUCCAAGACACUCAACAGCACGGGCCAAGCAUGAAAGCACAGGCCUCGAAACUUUUGGUCUUUCUUUUGUACUCUAUCGCGUUGGUUCGUGAUACAAAUUCACUUGAACAUAAGACACUCAUUGAAGGAGAACAUAUAAAGUUUCAGCCUUUACCCAAAGGGAUUGCAUACAAGACAGAGGUACCAAAAACUGAAUGGAUUCUUUCAAGCUACGAGGAGAUCGCACGGACACUUGUUCACGCUCUGAAAAGCGAGCCUCCUUACGGUGUAAUAAAGGAAGUCAUCAAAGAACGUCAYUUAACGACUCGUGCUUCUGACGAGGCAUUUAAAUAUGAGCUGCCUUUCCUGGCUCUAGCUUCUAUUUCACUACUUGGUUUUAUAAUCAUUCCUCUCACUGGCAUUAUAUUCUUCUGCUGUCGUUGUUGUGGACGAUGUGGUGGCAYACUWGAGGAAGAGGAUAUGGAAUUCAGCCCUGUGAAGCAAAGACAGAGGCUGUCAAUAGCAAUUGCAUUAUGCAGUGUUCUUAUCUUAAUUGGUAGUAGCUGUAUUUUUCUAUCGAGUGACAGACUAGGAGCGAGUAUUCCAAUACUGAACACAGUUCUUCAAGAUUCCAUAGAUGACGUCAUAGCUUAUAAGAAUAAUACCAUCCAGCAACUCGAGAUCGUUGUUGUGGAUAACAUGAAGUUUACUUCGUCACUAGUACAAAAGGAUUUAAACAGUAUAUCUUUACAUGUAGCCGAGCCUGUAAUGGUAGACGCGCGGAAACUGGUUCGUCCUUUAUUAGAAUCCAUAUAUGAAUAUGAAAAUUCAAUCGUUGUAGUAAAGAGCUUAUUAGACAAUAUCAACACCACCGUCAACGAACUCCAAGAACUUGGAACGACGUUACGUAUUCAGCUUAACCAAACYCGAGAAAACCUAACUGAAGUCCGUAAGUCUUGUAACUCUGAUUCUGAUGCGUCUGCUGCUGGAAUAUGUGAUAAAAUACCUAAAGGCGAUCAAUUAAAACCUGUGGCAAAUUUUUCAAAGGUGCCUGAUGUGUCCGAAAAUUUGGUCAAAGUUAAAGAUGUAAUAACGCUAGACAUAGCUCUUGAAGCCAAAAAGGGGAACAACUCGUUUGAGAGAAUUCCAGAUGACAUUACAAACGUCACGGCGUCUGGUAGACAAGAUAUCUUGAAUACAAUACAAGAUCUCGAGGAUAAUUUAGCAUCGAUGAUUUCUAACCUUAAAAACUCAUCUGAUCAGAUGGCGCACAAUGCAUUAUUGCCCAUAAAGAAUAGUAUUAACUCCUACCUCGGUCCCGAUGGRGUUGUCAUGGAAUACGAUAUUUACKGGUUCUUAGGKCUUCUCUCAUUGGCUUGUUCUAUACUUUUUGUAAUGCUGCUGACGUACUGUGGGCUCAGUGCUGGCGUGUUCGGCGCACGUGAUUACGACACGCCAAGCACCAGGUCUCUUCUUGCCGAUUGCGGUGGAAAAACAUUGAUGUGCUCGGCAGCGUUUUUCUUUUUCUUGUCGCUGUUCAUUAACCUACUUCUUGGUUUGCUGUUUCUCUUUGGCGCCAAUGUCACCGUCAUCUGCGCAGCUACCAAGGACCUGACGCUAAUUGAAAAGACUAUUGAUGAUCCUUCAGUCCAUGGUAACCAGUUCCCUAUAUCAGCUGCGUUGCACGACGAUGGCUCAAUUGACCUACGAAUGUCUGACAUCCUCAGAGGGUGUGGUAAAGAAGAAACAAUAUGGCGGCUUUUGAAGUUGGACCAAAAAUUUAACAUACAGAACAUGACCUCGUAUAGAGAUAAAUGGCCGUCCGUUGAUUCACUCCUUGAAGCUAUCAACCAGGCGAUUCCUUCUUCGUUUAAAAUCCCACCAAUGGACGAAAUAUUCAAUAAACUCAACGCAACGGUCGCUAACGUCUCCAUAGUAACCGAAGAGCUUGGUAAAAACCUCAACGAUUCCCUUGAAGCCAAUGUACACUCCAUUGAUUUUAACAAGUUUAAAGAACAGAUUGGUUUGCCGCUUGUUGCUGUCUCUAUUGUACAAUUUUCUUCAAACUUGUCCUUUUUAUCGACGCAAGCCAGGUCAAGCAGCGAGGCUAUUGCCGAUAAUCUCGAAUUCUUAUCCAAUCGACUUGAAGAGAUACAAGAAGACACCAUUGACGCCUCUUUAACGCUCGUCAGCAUUCUUAAGGCCAAAGUACUCAAAUUAGAAGAAAAAGCAAACGAGACUUUGCAUUGCAUUAAUAAUGUGUUGGCGACUGUCCACAACGUAGACAAAUUUCUCCAGAAUGAUGCGUUAGUUUUAGCCAAUAAGGCCGCGAGGUCGUACAUUAAUCGAGUUCUUAGUUGGAUUGAUCAGUAUCUAAAAGAUGCUAUGUACAAGGUUAAUAACAGAGUUGGUGAAUGCUCGUCCGUCAAGAAAGCUUACGAUGCCUCAACGACUGCCUUUUGUGAAACCUUUCUUAGUCCAGUGAACGCGCUCUGGCUGUCCUUGGGAACCAUAGCAGUCUUUUCAUUAAUAUCCAUCAUCCUUUGCGUACGACUCGCUAAACAUUAUCGUCGUGCGGAACGGUCGUCAAGGAGUGCUAAAGUUGCUACGUACGGUGUUCCGUUGGCUCUUUUUACAAGUAAUGCUCCUAAUAGAAGAACUAAUGUAAAUCCAUGGAGGCGAGUAAAUAAGAAUACACCUGUUCCCAAUGUUGUAGAUAGAAUGAGAUGGGUGUGAUGUAAAGGUAAAAAUAAUAAUAUAACACGCCCUAUCAUUGGUCAAUAUAGCAACACACAAUAUCAUUGGUCAGUGUAGUAACAAGAUAUUAUGCUUGUUGUCAUUGGUCAAUAUAGCAAAAAUGUAAGGCGUGCUAUCACAGGUCAAUGUAUGUAUAUAUCAACAAUGGCUAUUUGUCAAUGUAGUGACAAAAUAUUACGCUUGCUGUCAUUGGUCAAUAUACAGUAGUGGCAGGUUUACGCGUGCUAUCAUUGGUCAAUGUAACAACAAUGGUAGGCGCACUAUGAUUGGUCAAUGUUAUAACAAAAUAUUACUCUCUCCGUCAUUGGUCAAUAGAGCAAUAAUUUUACGCGUUGUUAUUGGUCAAAUAGCAUUGAUAAGCAAGUAUUCUUUUGUACAGUAUCUAUUUGACGAAAUGCGCCUAGAUUUUGUUUCACCGGCUUAUAAUUAUUACAAAUAAACCGAGUAGAAAUGGCAUCUAUUUUGAUAGUUUCCAAUUCUAUUGCUUUCACUUGUAAUAGUACAAUAACCCCUGAAAAUAAAAGGGCAUAAAUUGCUGUAACUUUCAGUCUAUUCCAGGUUAGGUUGCCUGUGCAAACAAAACUAAUGUCUUAUCAAAUUUUUAUAUUCUGUGCGAUGUAAAAAUUUCUAUUAUUAUGAUGGUUUUAUCUGAACAAUAUAUGAAAUGAAAACUGGAUCUUUUAAAUAAACAAAAAAAAUCAAAUACGUAUUUAUUUAUGAUGAAAUUGCUGUUUUAAACUUUGAACAAAAAAACGGUUUUUACUAAAUGCAAAUUGUUAAAUAUUUGUUGAG